AUGAAUUAAAUAGCUUUAGUGUUAGAAAGGUCGUUUAGAUAAAUAAAUGCUCCUAAGAAUAAGCAAUUAUAAUCAGCUAUACAUUACUUAUUUUGCUCCACUCCUUCUUCAGGAAAGGGAAAAUAAGGUUCUUUAAUCAGGAAAGGAAGUUCAACUAGAUUGGAAAAGGUAAAUAAGGAGUUGAAGUAGCUUGCAAAAGAGAAUUUUGAAGACGUUGGCUCUCCUGAAUUAAUUCAAUAAAGAAUUAAAUCAAUGAAUCCUUUAAACGUUUACAAAAAAAUGGACACUAGCUUCGAUGGUUUCUUUUUAAAGAGAGAGUAUAAUAAAAAGAAUUUUAACUUUUUGUUAUCAAUUCUCGCUGAAAAGGGCGACUUAUAAAAUGCAGAAAGUGUCUUUCAAUUAAUGAAGGAAAUGAAUAUUGAACCAGAUUCUUAUUCUUACAACAGUUUGAUUAAAGUUUGUGGUAAAUAAAGAAAUAUGGAAAAAGCUGAAGAAUAUUUUGAGUAAUCUCUUUAAAAGUUUGGUGCAAAUCUCUUCAAUUACAACUCUUUACUUUUGGGAUAUGCAAGAAAUCAAAAUGCUCUGGAAUGUGAAAAAAUAACAAGAGAAAUGGAAGAAAAAGGCUUAAAAUUAGAUGCCCCAAUAUAUACGACACUCAUAAAUGCUCAUUAUAAAUCAAGAAAUCUCAGACGUUGUUGGGAGAUAUUUGAAAAGCUAGAGAAAGAAAAAUAGAAUUUAAUCGACAUUCCUAUGACUUCUUUAAUGAUUGAAAUUGCUUCCCAUACAAGGGAUGCUGAAAAAGGUAAACUCUUAUGGGGGAAACUUGAUAAAAUGCCUGAAUUCUAUCCUAACACAAUACAUUUUAAUAAUAUUAUUAAGUGUUUAGGCUCUAGAGGCGAUUAUGCUGAUGAGGCCAUCGAUAUGUGGCUAAGAAUGAAGGAAUUAGGAGUUUAGCCAGAUGAAGAUACUUUUGUUCAUCUCUUUAAAGCAUGCUCUUCAGCUGGAGAUAUAAAAACAGCAUUUGAUGCUCUUUAAAUAAUGAAACUCAAUAAAAUCCCAAUGAACAAAUACAUUCUAAAUUCAGCAAUAAAAGUAUAUGGUGGAGUUGUUAAAUCUGAUUAUAUGACUAACGAUCUUAUUGACAUCUAUAUAAAAGAUGCAUGGAAAUUGUUUGAAAGAGCUGUUAAAGAAAAUAUGGUUGAUGUGCACAUAAUUAACUCUUUGCUUGAUGUACAUGUUAAAGCUUUAAGAGAAGAUGAUGUUGAUGGUCUCAUUUUGCCUUUAUAUGAAAAAUAUAAUAUUAAAAAAAAUACAGAAACUUAUGAAAAUUUAUUAGAGUUAUAUCAUCAGAAAAAAGAUUUACCAUAAAUUUAUAAAUUGCAUGGUUGGUUGAAGUCAGAAGGAUUGGAUGAAACUUGGAAAGUGUUAAAUUAUGUUUUUGAUGCUGCAUACAGAGCAGAAGAUGUCGAUGUCAUGUGCAAAAUUCUUGAUCAACUUCUUGAAAUGAAAAAAGAACCAAAAAUAGUUUAUUUGAAAAAGCUUGGUGAAAACAAAAACACUCCAGAUGUCCUUUUUGUGAGAUUAAAAAAAUUUAAAAAUUAGUUUGGUUAUGUAAAAGAUAAGGACUUUUAGCCUAUAAAACCUCUAAACAAAAGAUUGUAAGGAACUGUUUGA